AUGCAAAAAGAAACUUCAAUUUUCUUACCAUCACAAGUCACCGUCAAGGUUCACCCAGUUGUCAUUUUCAAUAUUUUAGAUCAUUUCAUUAGAAGAAACGCUGGUCAAGAUCGUGUUAUUGGUACUUUAUUAGGUUUUAACAAUGAUGGUGUUAUUGAAAUUAGAAACUGUUUCCCAGUUCCACAUUCAGAAACUGAACAAAUUGCUGUUGAAAUGGAAUAUCAAAGAAAAAUGUUAGAUUUACAUUUAAAGAGCUCACCAAGAGAACCAAUUAUUGGAUGGUAUGCCACUGGUAAUGAUAUUAAUGAAAACAGUGUUCAUAUUAAUAAUUUUUAUCGUGAUGAAAUGGGUAAUACAUCACCAAUUCAUUUAACAGUCGAUACUGGUCUCACCAACGAUACCAUGGGUAUUCACGCAUAUAUGGCCCACAACCUCAGUUUAACACCAGAUUCAUCAUUAGGUUCAUACUUUUCACAACUCCCAUUAGAAAUUUUAACUUUUGAAGCUGAAAAUGCAGGUCUCGAAUCAAUUGCUCAAACUAAAUAUGAUCAACAAUCAACUAGUUUACUCUCUGAAUUAGAAUCUCUCCAAUCUUCAUUAAAAAAACUCGAUGAAAUGUUAGAUUCAAUCUGUUCAUAUAUCGAAGCCGUCGAAAAAGGUGAAAUUCAAGGUGAUCCACAUCUCGGUCGUUUCUUAGCUAAAACCAUUCAAGCUUUACCAAAAGCAAAUGCUCAAGUUAUGGACAAAGUUAUCAAUAAUAGCGUUAAAGAUUUAUUAAUGAUCGUUUACCUUUCUUCUUUAACACGUUCUCAAUUAGCCGUUGCUGAAAAAGUUCGUCAAAGUUUAAAUUAA